AUGGGAGUGUACAUACAACUCUUGUUCUUCUACACAGUGUAAAAAAGGGGAGGGGACAUCAAAACAAUCAAGAGAAGAGAAUCUCUGUUACCUUCUCAUUCCUCCUCUGGAGCUAGAAUCUCUGUUACCUUCUCAUUCCUCCUCUGGAGCUACUGAAAACAGCAACAACAACAACCACCAACUGACUGAGACUUUUCACAUAUCAGAACUAGACAGUUCACAUUCUCCCUCUUCAAAACACGACAUUUAACCCCCUCCACCCUGUGGCCAUGGGAGAAGACUCGUCGCACGCCGAGCGCCUCAGCAACAGCAGCAGCAUUUUGGUCAACCCCCAGCAGUACCAUGCACAGCAAGACAACAUAGACCUCCUGGUGCCCAGCUUCAGCCCCAGCUCGGCUCCCUCCUCCCCCACUGACACCCUCUCCAAGUUGGGCUUGAAAACCCCCGGGAGCCCCGGAAGUCCCACCAGUCCCAUGGCCAGGGAUCAGGUGAGUGCCAUCACAGUGGUGGCUCUACUCGACAAGCUGGUCAACAUGCUGGAGGCGGUGCAGGAGAACCAGCUGCGCAUGGAGCAGCGCCAGACUGACCUGGAGGGCGCCGUGCAGGGGGUACAAGGCGACGUGACUCGCCUGUCCAAGAACCACACCAGCACGUCCAACAGUGUGAGCAAACUGCUGGAGCGCUCGCACAAGGUCAACACCCACAUGAAGGAGGUGCGGGAGCGUCUGGACAAGCAGGCGUCGCAGGUGAAGCGGCUGGAGGCCAACCAUGGACACCUGCUCAAGAGGAACCAUUUCAAAGUACUCAUUUUCCAGGAAGACAACGAGAUCCCCUCCAGCAUGUUCAUCAAGGACUCCCCCAAGACCCGCCAGGCCAGCCAGCUUGAGGACGACGCCCCUGCGGCACCUGCCCCUUCUGUCACCGGCAUAGAUGCUAACCUCUCUCAGGAGGAGGGUCUCCAUAACAUCAGCCUGUACUCCUCCGACAAUGACACCGGGGGUCUCCACGAGGACGACGAAGCCCUGGAGGGAGAGGCAGAGCUGGGCCUAGAAGCAGCCCUGCCCUCCUUCGAGAGAUCCAGAGCCGACCGGCUGAAGCGCUCCAGCCUGAAGAAGGUGGACAGCCUGAAGAAGGCCUUCUCGCGCCAAAGCAUCGAGAAGAAGAUGACCAGGAUCAGCACAAAGAUCGUGCCACCAGCGAGCCGUGAGAAGAUCAAGAAAAGCUUUACACCAAACCACCCUAAGAGUCCCACCGCCAAGAGCUCUUCUUUCAAGGUGUCGCCCAUGACGUUCAAUGUGAAGAAGUUGCGAGGCGAAGGGGAGGCCUCGACACAGCCCGGAGGCUCGCCUAGCGGGCAAGCCCACGUGGAGAUCCCUCCCUUGGGUAGCAUGGAUGGGGAUCUGCCCCUUGCCGAGGUGUACUCCCAGGAAGGGCUGGGUGUGGAGGGGGGAGAGGAGCUAGCUAGUCCUUCUACCCCUGGGAGCGUGCAGGCCGAUUUGACCAUCAAUGGUGAAGCGGGGAGCCUUGAGUGUGAUCUGACCAUCGAUCGUCAACCGGGGCUUGCUCUCCCGGAGCAUGAUGACGAUAUGGGGGAGGAGGAAGAGGUUUAUGAUGAGGUAGAGGAGCAGGAAAGCCUGGUGGAGGUAAAGGACCCCAUACCUGCUGUAGAGCAAGCUUCAUAAUCUCAUCCCUCUCAACUUUUGCUCCUGCACAUUCCCUGGGUAUUUUAUGUUAACAUGCCAAAACUGUAGUCAUCCCUCCAUCUUUCUAGCCUAUCAAUUUCUAAAAAAUCUCAAGCCCCAGUGCUAACGAUAUGGAGCCCCUAAGCAUUCCUGGCCCUCCAAUGCCUCCAGCCCUGCAUGUACGAUUGAUCCAGGAGAUCCAUGGACAUGUCCCAGAUCACCAAGCUUCCAUUUCAGAGAUCCUGAUUUAUCAAGAGUGAUCAAGAUAUCCUGCAUCAGUUGCUCCUGCCUGGUCUUUGGGGCUACCUUAGGAAAAGAACCAGCAAGCCAAGGGACUAUAACUCACCUUCCCAACUGGAACCUAGGCUUCUGAACAGCACAUCUCCAGGAUGCUGAGCCAACUCACUCUCUCUGUUUAUCUGUCUUUGCAUGGGCCUCUCAGUCUGACGGAUAGUCUCUUUGUUCUCCUGCCUCACUUGAAUGCCGGUAAAUCCUUGGCAAAGAGGGUAAAGCCCACAGCUUGGGAAUGGUAGCCCAUUGCCAGGUUGUCUGGGCAUUGGUAUGGGGCGGUAGCUAUGUUUCUAAAGCAAGGUCGGUGUAAGGCUGAGGUUUGUGACAUAUGCAUUUGACCCAGGUCUGGAUGUAACCAUAUAACCCGAGUGCAGGGUAAAAAUGGAGCCAUAGCAUUUAGGCAAUUUCAUGCCAUUCCUACUUUAGUUCAUUUAUUUGCCAUAAUAUAUAUACUCAUCAGACCUCUCAUGACAAAAACAGCUUGAAAAACACAGCUUGAACGUGGUAAGUGGUUAAGGGAGGGUAAGUCGAUAUUUCUGUAUUAGGGUAAGGUCUACUGGGAGCACUAUUGAGACAGAGGAUGACUUGGGACCUUAAGGCUCUACAAACUGGGACUUUCCUAAACACCCUAUAUCAGGGCAAUCAUGAUCUUACGUUUAUGUAUAUAUUUGAUUAUAGGGAGUUAAAUAUCAGUAGGCAUAACGACUAUAUAUAAAAUCAUAUUUGAGUAUGGUCACCUGACUUUCAUAAAUAUACUGUAAAAAUUGUAAUGGAGUUGAUUACGUGUGCAUUCGGUGCACCUAAAGUUAGCAUAGCACUCACAUAACCAAUGUUGACACAUUCCUAUAUGGUUGAAACACACAUGCACACAAACACUAGAUUAACUAGCACACAGUUACAGAGGCACCCACAAAGACAAUCAAACACACACUCAUACACGCACGGAAUUCUUCAAACUUACACAGGCUGUUGUGGGUAAUUGCCAUGCUGGAGUGAGGAAUUCCUGUUUUGGAAGCCCUGUUGAAAAAAAACAGCAUAGACCAGCAUAGGCUGGUGACCAGCCUUCAUUGUUUGGACACUGGUCACCAGCAUUCCAGCAUAUGGUGACCACCCGCAAAACCCGCAUCAAGUUACGUUAUGCUAGCUUUGCAAAGUGAUGUCUAAUUCCUAAUGGAAUCCAGCCUGAACGGGGAUAUCCAACAAUUUGAAUGUUUAUUCACCCACGAUUUGCAUUCAGAAUGAUUGCCAGGGUUUUGCCCUCAAAACAUCAAAUCAAGUUUUAUUUAUACAGCACAUUUCAGACAUGGAAUGCAACGCAAUGUGCUUUAUUUUGGGGAUGAUAAUAUAGGUGAAAUAUUUACUACACAACAAACAUAAGAUAAAAAAAACUAAAGAAUGGCACAAAAGAAACCAAUGGCUGUGCUGUGUAGGCAGUUCAGGAGGAGAGUCAAAGGCUUUUUCUAAAAAUGAUUUUUGAUUAGGCCUAAUCCAAAAAUGCACUCCUGCGUGCAGACUAUCCUAAAGCUUUUGUUCUGUUCAGUUCAGUUUGAGAAGGAGAGCUCAAAGAUGACGAGGACCAGAGGUCAACUUUGAUUGCUUGCUACUACUAUAAUUUAUUUUAUUAAAAACAAUGUUACUUUUCCAUUCUGAAAGCGUAUUGAGUUAUUGGCCUCACAAUCAGCCAGAUUCGAUUGUGGUGACUGAAACUUGAAACAGCAACCGUGGCACAAUCAAUUGGAAAUUGACAGCUAAUGGUGCUGAAAGUAGGCAAAUUUGAGUAGGCAUAAUUAAUUUGACUUUACUAACAACAAGAGGGCUUUGUGUUGGAGCCUAUUUAUUCAUAUUUAAGAAAUAAGUGGUAGGCCUACCUGUUUGGCAGAUUAAAUUAGGCAAUAGGCUGCUAAUAUAGAUAUAUUUGUCAGUCAAUUCCAUGUCAGUGAAGGGGAUAUGAGGGUAUGCCAUAGCCCUACUUUUUAUGAAAGAAAAUGGCAAAAAGCACAAGCUUACCUCUUGUUAGUUUAAUAUUUUAAAACUGAUCUGAUUAUAUAACGUGAUAUAUUAGAGCGCUUUGGUCCUUGAUGCUUUACAAUAUGCAUUGUCUCGUGUCUUUGACAUUCAGAGGCUGAGACACAACCUUCUAUAGCCAAGGACCCAAAAAAUAUACUUUGCUUGGGAAGUAAUUCUAAUUCUCUCUAUCAAUUGAUUAGGCGAUUCACUUUCUGUACAAUAAAUGUUUAAACCCAGACAACUUUUAGGGAAACCGUUGUGACCAUCUCUCGUUGGGUUAAGCCACAGAAAAGGGCUAUUUUUUUCUCAGACCUGCAAAUACGAUGAUAGAUUCAUGCAAUGCUUUUACUAUAAAGGAGAUCUUUCCCCCCCUACUCUCUUCCACGGUGGUCUAUGAACCCACAACCUUCUGGCCAGCAGCUCUUGUGGGCUAUCAAAAUUCCUGCAUUGCCAUGUAAUGCUUACAGGAAGAAGAACACUUUCUAAAACUGUUUCUAGAAGGCUCUGGUCUUUCCAAGAUGUGAGGAUAAAUGGUAUAGACAUGUUCUCCGCUAUCCACUUUGUUUAAAUUAUUAUUAUUAUUUGGGGUAUAAGGGUGAUUCACUUUUUUUCAAGCAUUCAGGGAGGGUUGAAUUGAAAUGUAACUGAUGAACUGUCCAUAUUCAUUUUAGAAAGAUCCCAUUUUCUCAAUGUAACCCUUACUACAAAAUAAUGUUCACCACCUAAACUGGAACAGUUUCAGUAACGGGUGAAAUAAGUUCAACUAAGAUAUUGGGUUAGUAUGUAUGUUAUGUAUCUUUGUGUAGCACAAGAUAAAUUAAUUGAUUAAUUAAAACAAUCAAUGUACAUGCAAAAACACAGAUAUUGAAACAAACUAUUCUAGAAAAUCAAACUGCAAUAUAGCAUGCUGGGAAAUAUGAUAAUGAUGACCAUAGUUUAGCAGACCAGCUUGUCCAGCUAGACCAUGCUGGACCAGCAUACACUCCCAAGAAGAAGAAAAAGGUUAUUUGCCAGGGCUUAGGGUAAUUUUAUUUUUCAUAUUAAGAAUUCCCUAUCCACAGUGUUUUCCUUUUAUGCCAUGAAAUGCUACACUGUUGCAAAGUUCCUUUAAUUGCAUGGUACACUAUAGGCUACUGAUUGCAGUGAAAGGAAGGUAAACAACAAGUUACUGAAUUUCUACAGCUGAAUGAAGGUGUUAAUGCUGUAAAAGGACAGUAUGCUGGCUACCUAAGACUAUACCUCACUUGAGAUUUGAACUCAAACUCUUUGUUGCUAAUGACCUGAACUUCCUGCUACACCACCAGCUCUAUGUGCAUGACAGAGCUUGGCCACAGAUUUAAAUGGCAAGAACACAGUUCUGUACACUGCUAGAAGCUGCCCAGAAUCAAGUCAAUAAUUUCAUAAUUAUCUGACAACACCAAUGUGAAAAUGUCAGUACUCAGGGACACUUAAUGUAAUGUGUCCAUAAAUGCUUUGGGGAUUUGAACUUAGAGGCCUUUAGGUAGAAGUGCAUUAAUGUUUCAGCAGUGCCACCAGGUACAUCUUUGGUACCAAGAUGUACCUUGAUGUACAUUCAGAAAGUAUUCACACCCCUUGACCUUUUCUCCAUUUUGUACAGCCUGCAUUUUAAAUGGAUUACAUUGUGAUUUCUUUUGUGACUGGCCUAACACAAUGCACCAUAAUGUCAAAGUGGAAUUAUGUUUUUACGUUUUUUUACAAAUUCAUUACAAAUUAAAAGCUGAAAUGUUUUAAGUCAAUAAGUAAAUCAACCCCUUUGUUAUGGCAAGC